GGCACGCACGCGCGCUCACACAAGAGCGGCGAGCGAAGCAGGCAAAUAGCGCUGCAGCCCUCGCGGAAGUGGCAGCGAGCUGAGGAGGCGCUCCGCGAAAUUAGCAUACCCGCUUAGCGGUUCGCCGAGGCGGAUGGAAGGUUGAACGCCGCCCGCUGGCACCUCCCCCCUUCCCAAAAAAAAACAAAAAAAAAACAACAAUAACCUAAGUCCUUUCUAGCCCAACGACACAAGCAACCGAGUCCGGGCUCGUCUCUUCCGGCCCUUCUUGACGUCCGCCAGCCGCGGAGAUGGGCGACAAGGCGGGUACGAGAGUCUUCAAGAAAUCCAGUCCAAACUGUAAGGUGACGGUCUACCUGGGCAAGCGGGACUUUGUGGACCACCUGGACCAUGUGGAUCCAGUAGACGGUGUCAUCCUGGUGGAUCCCGAGUACCUGAAGGACAGGAAAGUUUUCGUCACGCUGACCUGCGCGUUCCGUUAUGGCCGCGAGGACUUGGACGUGCUGGGUCUGUCCUUCCGCAAGGACCUGUACAUCUCCACCUUCCAGGCCUUCCCGCCCGUCCCCGAAGAGCGCAAAGCCAACAGUCGACUGCAGGAGCGGCUCCUCAAGAAGUUGGGGCAGCACGCGCACCCUUUCUACUUCACUAUCCCUCAGAACCUUCCGUGUUCCGUCACGCUGCAGCCCGGACCCGAAGACACCGGCAAGGCGUGCGGUGUGGACUUUGAGAUCCGAGCAUUCUGUGCCAAGAACAUGGAGGAGAAGAUCCACAAGAGGAACUCUGUGCGUCUGGUGAUCCGCAAGGUGCAGUACGCGCCGGAGAAGGCGGGGCCUCAGCCCAUGGUGGAGACCACUCGCAGCUUCCUGAUGUCAGACAGGUCGCUGCACUUGGAGGCUUCGCUGGACAAGGAGCUUUACUACCACGGCGAGCCCAUCAGCGUCAACGUGCACGUGACCAACAACUCCACCAAGACCGUCAAGAGGGUCAAGAUCUCAGUGCGCCAGUACGCUGACAUCUGUUUGUUCAGCACGGCGCAGUACAAAUGUCCCGUGGCGCAGCUGGAGGCCGACGACCAGGUGUCGUCCAGCUCGACAUUCUGCAAAGUCUACACGCUGACGCCCACCCUGGACAAGAACCGCGAGAAGCGAGGCCUGGCGUUGGACGGGAAGCUCAAACACGAAGACACCAACCUGGCCUCCUCCACGAUUGUCAAGGAUGUGACCAACAAGGAGGUGCUGGGCAUCCUGGUGUCUUACAGGGUCAAAGUCAAGCUGGUGGUCUCGCGUGGAGGCGACGUGUCGGUGGAGCUGCCGUUCAUCCUCAUGCACCCGAAACCGGCGGAGCCGCCCGCGUCGCGCCCACAGUCGGCCGUGCCAGAGUCGGACCCGCCCAUCGACACCAACCUGAUCGAGUUUGACACCAACGUCUCCCAGGACGACGACUUUGUCUUUGAGGACUUCGCCCGCCUGCGCCUCAAAGGGGUGGUGGACGACAAAGACGAGGACUGCUAGGAGCGGCCCGCCCGCUCCUCCACGCACGUCCGCGCACACACGUACACGCACACACGUAUGCACAGGCACGUUACAUUCCCCGGCGGAAGGACGGAGGGCGCCGAAAAUUGGGCACCGCCUGGGUGAUCCGCCGCGCCAUCUUCUCCGCGUUUUGUUUUGAUCGAAGGAUCUUCACCGAUGGGAUUUCCCAGGUUCUUUGCGUAUUGACAGCAAGUCGAGGUUUUCGUCGACCUUCCGCUUUUGAGCAAACGGCGCUCGGGGGGCCGCAAGGAGGUUUUCAGUCGCCUUGCGACAUCGAAGGCCGGUCGAAAGCUUUCUUUGCCGCCACUGGUCACCGUUUGCUGAAAAAAAAAAAAAGGUAAGGGCGGUUGAGAACCUGCAUUUGCUGUCAGAUGGACAAAACGGGUUUCAACUGACCUCACCCUGAAAACUCCGAAGGUAAAUUCAAACCACGCCUGAACUGUGAGGUGAAUCACAACCCGUAUUUGCUGUCAAAGUAUCAUUGAUUGUCAAAACAGGUUUUCUUUGACCUUCCUUUUUUUUCUUCCUUGUAAUAGUUGACCAGAAAAAAAAAAA